AUGAGGCCCAAUAACCGGAUAACCACUGGUAACCUCCGGAUGCAUUCCAAUAUACGUAUAAGAAUUCAUCAUGGUGGCAGUUUUGUCCAACACCCUGUUAUGAACUAUGAAAAUGGUGAAGUUGAAGAGGUUACAAUGGACCUAGAUUAUUUAUCGUACCCUCAUUUGCUGAAGUAUAUUAAAGAGAAUAGGUAUGGCAAAAUUCAUUCUCUAUCGUAUAAAUUACCUCAUGAGCGUAUGGAGAACCUAAGGUUGCUCAAUAAUGAUAGAAGUACAGUUGACCUUAUGCAUUUUGCUUGUGUGUGGGGUCAAGUUGAUAUAUUUGUUGAGCAUGGUUUAGACGAUGCAGAGGUAGUUCCCGAGUUAGCGUUACCAGAGAGUGUUACACAACUAGAGAGUGAAAAGGCUGCAACUGGAAAACAGGGUGAUGAAGAGCAAUUAUUGGGUGAUGAUUUAGAAGGGGAAGAAGGUGAUGAAGAGCAGUUCUUGGGUGAUGAUUUGGAAGGGGAAGAAGCAGAAAACCGUGAUGAAGAUGAUGACCUUAUGGAUGUUGAAUGUCAUACUGCCUCAUCUAGUGAUGAUGAAAAUAGAGAAGCUAGAAGGGUAGAGGUUGAAGCUGAAAAUAUAGGUGGAAAUGUGAAUGAAGAAGUGGACAGUGAAUAUUAUGACUCUGAAGAUCCCCCAAGUUAUCAAUCUGAACAUGAGGAGGAAGAAGCAUCAUUUCAGCAAUCGAAGAAGGCAACAAGUAAAUUCAAAAACCCGUCAUAUAAUCCUAAUGUUGAAUUAGUUGAGCUUGAGUUAGGAACUCUAUAUGAUGAUGGGAAACAAUUCAAGAAGGCGAUGAUAAAUUAUGCUGUCUACUCAAAGAGAAACAUUCACUUUGUGAAAAAUGAACCAAAGCGAGUUUCAGUUGCAUGUGAAAAGCCAUGCCCAUUUCAAGCUACUGGAUCAUGA